AUGACACAGAUUGAAAUUCCUAGUGAAUUACCAAGUAUUUUACGUAAUUUCACAUUGAGCGUAUUACGUACAAAACCACGUGAUAUUAUUGAUCAUGCUGUUGAAUAUUUUACGCAAUUACAACGACAGCAAAGGCAACAAUCAGAACAACUCAUGACAGGCAACAAAUCAGUUACGACAGUUUCUUCAUCUUCGUUUUCUUCCACUAGUCAACAGCCACAACAACAGCAAACAUCAGAUCUCAACGUUAUAUCAUCAGGUUCAUAG